CCCGCGCGCCUUCGCUCAGUCGUCGAGGUGUAAGCCGCGUUUUCGGUCGCGAAAUCAUCUCCGUGUGUUUUUUCGGCUGGACUCUGGACUAUAAGGACUGAUAAGUGAUCUCGUUGCUGAGACUCGUUGUUGCGAUGAGUAGUCGAGGCCCGGCUGAUUUAGAUCCCGGCGUGAGACGUUGCCUUCGAGACACGUGCUUUCUGUAGUGGCCGACGACGAUUUUGUGCCGAGGAACUCUCUCGAGGGCAUCGCCUAGAUACACGAAUAUCCGAUUUGUGCUUGGAGUUGAAUUCAUACGAAAACAUACAAUUAUGUAAUGUCGUGAUUUUUAGUACGUACGUUUCUCUUGUGUCCCGGGAUGUGAACAUUGGUGUCACGUACGUGAUAUGAGUUGCUGCUUUUUAUUACGAGAUCUCUAUUUUCUUGAUUAAUGUGGCCGUAAACGAAUCAUAAGAUUGAUAUUGCAUGAACCCGUUCAAACAGAUCUGGAUGAAAAGAAAUUGAUUUUUUGGUUCUAUAUGAAGUAGACUUGAGUGCUGGAUAAAUAAUAAUCAAGAUUAAAUUCAAGAGUCGCGAGUGUUAUCAAAAUAUCAUGAGUUAUUGAUAUGUAAAGGAUUAUCAAAUAGACGGAAAAAUAUGUUCGUUUCCUCUACAUUUUGCACCAUUCGCCAAGGUGCAUCAGCGGUCCGAUAAAGCGCCCAUGCGUCAGAGCAUCCUACUAGCGUGCAGUUCCUCGCGGCCCCCAGAUACGAUGAUAAUAAUUGACGCGAGACGGGAAAAGUCAGAGUCUGGCCGGAUCCUUCUAACGUCGAGAGGCGCCGGGCCCUAUCAGCGGAGAAACUGGUAAAAUCGAGAGUCAUGAGGAACUCUAACAAGGACGACAGGCCGGCCAGCAACGAGCGUAAUGGUCCGGAGAGCAAGAAGCUGCUCAAGGUACCGUCGACGCCGACGACACCGCCUUCGAGUCCGGUCACGCCGACGAGAGCUGUCGACGAUCUCUUCCGGCAGCUGCCCAUCACCGAGGAGACGUCCUGCGGCAUUUGGUGCUUUCGCGGUCCCAACCUCCAGAGGUUCGCCAACAAGAAGGCCUACGUCUUCCUCUACGGCGUCCUCGGCUGCAUCUUCUCCGCGAGUUACGCCUACUUCAACGGCACCAUCACCACCAUCGAGAAGAGAUUCAAGAUUCCUUCCAAGACUACGGGGUUCAUAACUGUGGGAAACGACAUAUCGCAGUUGCUCGUGUCGGUGGUGCUCUCCUACUACGCAGGCAAGGGUCACAGGCCCAGAUGGAUCGCAGUUGGGAUUUACACGGUUGUCCUCUUCUGCUGCCUCACGAUGCUGCCGCACUUUCUCUACGGUCCUGGCGAGGACGCUUUGCUCCUGACAAAGGAGUACGGCGCCCAGGCGGCCAGCAAUCAGACGACCACUGUCAUCCACGACAAGCAGCGCAAGUCCCUCUGCCUGAACCGAACGAAUUACGACCACUGCGAGGAGGCGGACGGCAACUUUGCCCCCCAGGUGCUCCUCUUCAUCGCUCAGCUGGUCUCCGGUAUAGGCGGCUCGCUCUACUACACCCUCGGCGUGUCCUACAUGGACGACAACAUUCAGAAAUCCAAGACACCGGCUCUCAUCAGCUUCUCCUACUUUCUGAGGAUGCUGGGACCUGCGAUCGGCUAUGGGCUGGCAUCGUUCGCUCUCAAGUUCUACAUCAGUCCUACGCUGACGCCGACCAUCACGAUGCAAGAUCCGAGAUGGCUCGGAGCCUGGUGGCUCGGCUGGAUAAUCCUGGCGAUCCUGCUGUUCAUCUUCGCGAGCAUUCUCGCCCUCUUCCCAAAGACUCUACCCCGAGCAGCGGCUCGCAAGGCACUGGCGCUCGAAAGAAACAAGUCAUCCGCCAGCAUUAAGGACCAAGAGCAGGAGCCCGAGCUACCCGCUUCGCUCGGCGACAUGAUGCGAACGUUCAGGCGACUGCUGACCAACACGACCCUCAUGUGCAACAACCUCGCCGCGGUGUUCUACUUCAUGGGCUACAUGCCUUACUGGAUCUUCAUGCCCAAGUACAUCGAGACCCAGUACAAGCAGUCGGCCUCAGUCUCGUCCCUCAUCACCGGCACCGUCGGACUGGUCUUCAGUGCCUUCGGCAUCCUCCUCUCGGGUCUGGUCAUCUCCAAGUACAAGCCCAGGGCGAGGUAUCUGGCUGGCUGGAACGUCAUGGUGGGGGCGAUCUCGGUCCUGGGCAUGAUCUCCUACGCGUUCCUCGGCUGUCCGGCCAACGACAACCAGAUCGCCGUAGCCGAUGACGGAUCGCUCAAGACCCUGAUGCCCUGCAACGAGCACUGCCACUGCGAUUACGUGACCUACAACCCGGUCUGCUCCGAAAACGGACAGACCUUCAUAUCGGCCUGUCAUGCCGGCUGCAAAACCGUUCGAGUCGACGGCAGCGGGGCCAAAGUCUACACGGACUGCAGCUGUAUCAAACCUAGUCUUUCCCAAGUCUUUGCUCAAGUUUCGACUAACGAGGCGAUGACGACAACGACGACGACGCAACGAGCUUUCAUCGACCCGUCAGUUCCUUACACGUUAGGUUCCGCCGUUCCCGGUUCCUGUAGCAUAGACUGCCUCGACAAGUUCUACAUAUUCCUGGCGGUCGUAUGCCUGCUCAAGUUCAGCGGGGCGACGGGUCGGGCCUCCAACUUCCUUGUGUCCGUCAGAUGCGUCGACGAGAAGGACAAAACGGUGGCCAUGGGAUUCAGCUUGACAAUCAUGUCUCUCUUCGCAUUCAUACCGUCGCCCAUUCUUUUCGGAUUCAUACUCGACAAAACUUGCCUCGUGUGGGGGAAAACGUGUUCCGGCACGGGAAACUGCUGGCUCUACAACGGCGAGACGCUGAGAUACCUCAUGAAUUUCACUGCAGCGACAUUCGUUACCAUGGGUACGCUAUUCGACGUAGGCGUGUGGUAUUACGUGAAGGACGUUAAAAUCUUCGACGAAGAAGUCGAGCUCGAAGAUAUUGCAGAGGAGCCCGGCGACAUAUGAAAAGGCGAUUAACAUCUAGAAAGAAAGUCAGAUCACAAACUUCGAUGACAGUGAAAGCAAACUGAAGACUUCAGCUUUCAAGUACCUUAAGGAGACGUUUCUACAACUCCAACACGAUGAAAAGAAAGUGCAUCUAUUUUUCUAUUGAAAUAUUUAGUUUUGAACCUUGAAAGAUAUUUCAAUGGAAAAGUCGUUUUAAGAACUGAAACUCGCGAAAUUUUCAAAAUCUCAAUUGGCCAAGUAUUUAGUGUGUAAGUAUUGAUAUAUACUUGUUGAUUAAUGAAGAUUUAUUCAAAUAAAAUAUAAAUAUAAAAAAAUAUUACAUUUAAAUUA